CGGUUCUUCGGAACAUUUCAGGGUGGAACAUUUCAUUAUUUAUUUUCUUGCUGUUCCCAGUGUUAAUAAAGAUUUUUGCAUUUAAAUUGUUCUUGAAAAGUUGAGAUAGGUAUUCAAAAUGGUGGUGCGGCAGUACAAUGAGGAGCUCAAAUACCUUGAGAAAAUCAAUCCAUAUUGUUGGCGAAUCAAGAAGGGAUUCCAACCAAACAUGAAUGUGGAAGGCGUGUUUUACGUGAAUGGUACUCUUGAGAAAUUGAUGUUGGAUGAGUUGAGGAACUCAUGUCGACCUGGUAUGACGGGUGGGUUUCUUCCUGGUGUGAAACAGAUUGCAAAUGUUGCGGCAUUGCCUGGGAUCGUAGGGAAGUCAAUAGGGUUGCCUGAUGUGCACUCAGGAUAUGGAUUUGCCAUAGGUAACAUGGCUGCAUUUGAUAUGUCUGAUCCGAAAUCUAUUGUGUCUCCUGGAGGCGUAGGAUUUGACAUUAACUGUGGAGUUCGUCUACUCAGAACUAAUUUGCAUGAGAAAGAUGUGCAACCUAUUAAGGAGCAGUUAGCUCAAAGUCUAUUUGACCAUAUACCAGUAGGUGUUGGGUCAAAGGGCAUCAUUCCCAUGAAUGCACGUGACUUGGAGGAAGCCUUGGAAAUGGGUAUGGAUUGGUCUCUACGAGAGGGAUAUGUCUGGGCAGAGGACAAAGAACACUGUGAGGAGUAUGGCAGAAUGCUCAAUGCUGACCCUUCUAAAGUUAGUCUUCGUGCUAAGAAGAGAGGUCUUCCGCAACUCGGUACUCUAGGAGCAGGCAACCAUUAUGCAGAGAUACAGGUUGUAGAUGAAAUUUAUGACAAGUAUGCUGCAGGAAAGAUGGGUAUCGAAAGAAUUGGACAAGUCUGUGUGAUGAUUCAUUCUGGAAGUCGAGGAUUUGGUCAUCAGGUGGCUACUGAUGCUUUAGUGCAAAUGGAAAAGGCUAUGAAGAGAGAUAAGAUAGAGACUAAUGACCGUCAGCUAGCCUGUGCUAGGAUAAACUCUGUUGAAGGUCAAGAUUAUCUUAAAGCCAUGGCUGCUGCAGGCAACUUUGCUUGGGUGAACCGUAGUUCUAUGACAUUCCUUACUAGACAGGCAUUUGCAAAGCAAUUCAAAAUGGCUCCUGAUGAUCUAGAUAUGCAUGUUAUUUAUGAUGUUUCACAUAAUAUUGCUAAGAUUGAAGAACAUGUAGUAGAUGGUAAAGUUAAGACUCUGUUAGUACAUAGAAAGGGCUCAACCAGAGCAUUCCCACCAAAUCAUCCUCUGAUCCCAGUGGACUACCAGUUGACCGGUCAGCCGGUUCUAAUUGGUGGUACCAUGGGCACUUGUAGCUAUGUGCUUACUGGCACUCAUCAGGGAAUGACUGAAACUUAUGGAACCACCUGCCAUGGAGCUGGUCGUGCACUUUCCCGAGCAAAGUCGCGAAGAAACAUCGACUACAAAGAGGUCUUGAAUAAGUUAGAGAAUAUGGGCAUUUCCAUUCGUGUGGCCUCACCUAAACUGGUUAUGGAAGAAGCACCGGAGUCCUACAAAAAUGUAACAGAUGUUGUUGACACUUGCCAUGCUGCAGGUAUCAGUAAGAAGACUGUGAAACUAAGGCCUAUUGCAGUUAUUAAGGGAUAA